UUUUUAAUUUUUAGAUUGUCGUCCAUAACUUCUAUUGGUGAAUGAUGAGUUGUCAGAAAGAACAAUCUUGCUUGCUUUGCUGUCUUGCCGUUUGGAACUUGGAAGUAUAUUCACAACCUUCAUAUCUUCCAAAUUCUCUCCAUUCAAACACCAAUCGCAAAAAUCGCCCAUCAUCAAUAUCGAAUUUGAACUGCUGAGAUGACUUCAUUCUCAUCGUCACCACCGCCGGCGAAGAGUCCAACACCUACAGCGCCACCACAUGUGGAGAACGAGAACACCGAUCCAACGCAAACGCCACUACCUCCUCCACCAGGAUACGGCGUCACCGGAAUUUUAAGACGAUGGAGGCAUGAAGACACGCUUAAAAGAGUAUCUCUAGGAUUGAGAGUUUUAGGUUUCGUUUUCUCGGUGCUUGCGUUCAUAAUCAUGGCUAGUAACAAGCAUGGGCGUGGGAGAAAUUUCGAUGAAUACGAAGAGUACAGGUAUGCAUUGGCGAUUGCGAUUUUGUCAACGUUAUACACAGGAUUGCAAUCGUGGAGGCAGAUUUACGAGAUGUCGAACGGAAGACAGAUAAUUUCCGGCCGGAAUUUGGCGCUGAUUGAUUUCUUCGGUGAUCAGAUUAUAGCGUAUCUAUUGAUAUCAGCAGCCUCAGCAGCAGUACCAAUGACAAACAGGAUGAGGGAAGGAGCGGACAACAUAUUUACAGACUCUUCAGCCGCAUGUAUUAGCAUGGAAUUUCUUGCGUUCUUCAUUCUCGGGUUAUCAGCCAUGCUCUCAGGGUACACACUAGCAAAAAAAACCUAUGUGUAACAUGUAAUUAAAGCUCCUUUUGUGUUUUUAUUAUUUGUUCACUUUACAACAUACAUUUUGCACAUAUCAUGCUCCACUUUACAUGUAAAGAAUAUAUAUAUUCAAACAGAAAACGACCAAUUUGGAAGAAAAAGAAGUAUAAUCUUUGUUUAAACGAAUUAA